GCUGCAGGCGUGCUAUUUGCGGCAGCGGAGAGACCUCUGCGAAAUGCCUUUUGUAUGCCCGAGUGUUGUUGUUUUUUUUUUUUUUAUUUGGGGGGGUGUUGUUUUGUGUUUUUCCCGGGUCAGCUCACAGCGUUCGUAGCCAUGCUCCGUGGUGGAUUCAGCGGGCUGUCCUAGCUGACUGAGCCGCUCCAGCAGCGGUGGGUCCGGUGCAGCGCACAGCCGGGGAUGAGGCCUACUUGUUAAAGCUCCCCCACCACCCCUCCAUCGUGAUGGCUGAUGAUCAACAACAACCUGGUCAGAAGCCUGCCUCGGGAUUAGGCUCUCUUCCAGCGCUGGUGCCAGGACUCCAGGGGCCCGAGGCUAACGCGUUACAGUUCAAAAUAAAGAACUCCAUUUGCAAAUCCGUACAAUCAAAAGUGGACAGUAUAUUGCAAGAUGUUGAGAAGUUUACAGACAUCGAAAAACUCUACCUCUACCUUAAGUUGCCUUCUGGUCCCAGCAGUGGCAAUGAUAAAAGGACUGAGAAUGAGAGGGGGUCCUCCACUCCUGGAUUAUGUGAUCAGAGUUCCAUGUCGUCAAGCCGUACUCAACAGAUGUAUGCAUUCAACUGGAUACGGAAUCACCUAGAAGAGCACCCAGAGACAUCCCUCCCAAAGCAAGAGGUGUAUGAUGAAUACAAGAGCUAUUGUGACAAUCUCGGCUACAAUCCACUGAGUGCUGCAGACUUUGGGAAGAUAAUGAAAAAUGUCUUUCCAAACAUGAAGGCACGUCGACUGGGCAUGAGGGGAAAAUCCAAAUAUUGCUAUAGUGGGUUGAGGAAGAAAGCUUUUGUUCACAUGCCAUCCUUACCCAACCUGGAUCUGCAGAAGUCUGGUGAUGGGUGUGAACUGAUGGAGCCAACAGGCCAGUCGCCAAGCGCUGAAGAUGAAAUGCGAUCUGCAGCGUGUGGAUUGGUGUGUGAGUGGGCGCAAAAGGUCCUGAGUCGUCAGUUUGACAACGUAGAGGAUCUGGCUCGCUUCCUUCUCAAUAGCCACUACAUCGGUACAAAGUCCAUGGCUGCACUUACUGUUAUGACAGGAACACCCACAGGAAUGAAGACACCAACUCCAGCAUCUGCAUUUGUGCCCACCGCCGAAGCGAACUCUUUCCAGCCCCAGGUGAAGACCCUGCCCUCUCCCUCUGUCGAUGCAAAGCAGCAACUGCAGCGUAAGAUCCAGAAGAAGCAGCAGGAGCAGAAGCUUCACUCACCUCUGCCCAGCGAGGCCCAGGUCAAGAGGACGGAGGCCAGUACCCCCGGGCCCACAAUCCCUUGUGGCAGCCCCGCUCUGCUUUCCCCGCAGCCCACCAUUGGCAUCGUAGUAGCAGCUGUCCCCAGCCCAGUGACGGUACAAAGAAAUAGGCAGUUAAUGACUUCGCCCAGUCCUGUUGGGACGGCAGAGGGCAAAGUGCUGCCUGUGAACUUUCAAGUUGUUACUCAGUCGCUUAAACAGUCACCCAAAACUCCCCAGAACAUCUCAGCCAGUCCUGUGGGUGACCGUCUGGCCCGACACGGUACACGGUACGCUCAAAUCCUGCCCAAGCCCUCUGCCACCAGUGCGAUCACACUGCGCUCACCCCCCACCCUGCUCAUCACCAACAGCCAUAAAACUGUGAUGCCCACUCCUCACGUCAGCUCGGUCAAUGUGGUGAAGAUGACGGCUAUCGCUCUCGCUCCAAGCAGCAGCAGCACGACAGUGCGACCCGCUUCAGCGGGUGUGAACACUAUUGCCCCUUCAGAAGAUUCCCAGCAGUCACAGGGGAGCUCAGCUGCACCACAGUCUCCUGCAAUCAGACCCAGUGCCCCAGCAUCCACUCCCACUCUCUCCAUUGACACCAAAGUGGUAUCGGAAGCUGGAAAUGACACCCCUGCCUCUGGCACAGACAAAAGUUCUGUCAAAGAGGAGAGAGUGGCUAAGUUCAGGGCUGCCAGUGAGCCAAGCUUCCUGGUGAAGUGUUCUCCGGGACCAGACAAAGGGGCAAGGAUAAAAAGUGACCCCACCUCCUCUCCCACCUCUGUAGCUGUAGCUGGGACUCAGGACAGCAAUAACAGUAACUGCCAUGACAGUACUUUGUACUUGACUGUUGAUAAUCAGAACUCCAAUGGCAACACGUCAGCCAAUGGCUCCUCUGCUGUUACCCCCACACUGAAAGAUGCCUGCCCCGAUGGCAAGAGCCCCAGGAAGCGCACAGGCCCUGGAGUAGAGUCCCAUGUGAUUCCUGUAAAGAGGGUCUUCAUUUCCCAGCAGCCACUGGCUGUAGUUGACAAUCCCAAACCUGGAGUCAGUGCUGCAGUGAAGAGGAUCCCCAGGCCGGGAACCCCUGCGAGACCAGAGAGUGCCCCCUGUAAAGUGACUGUGAAACACACCUCCAUAGGGCCCACACAGAUUCUUGCACUGUCCGACUCACCCAUUACACACACUGAGGGCUCCCAGACUGUUGUCAAACCCCAGGCCUUGGUGGUGAAACAUGAAGAGCAUUCGCUUAGCACUGACACCAGCACUGGAGCAGCUGGAAACAACACAGCUGAUCAGGCUUUGCUGCAGCAGAUUACUGGGGACCCUCGUGCCAUACCAUCCAACUCAGGAGCACAUGAAGCCUCUGUGAUGAGUGACUUAAAGAGCACAAUAUGGGAGGAGGGACAGCUUGAUGAGCUUCGGAAGCAGGCAUUUGCUCAGCAGAUACCAGCAGAACACAAACAAGCCCCUACUGACCAACUUUCCAUUAUAACUCAACCCGCCGAGGCCUCAAGCCAGCUCACUCUCGCACAGGAGAUGGUUGACUUUGCAGGAUCCCAGUCUAACAUGGACUACUUUCCAUUUAAUGAUGAUGACAUGACCCAGGACAGUAUUGUGGAGGAGCUGGUCCAAAUGGAGGAGCAGAUGAAGCUGAAAGGCCUGUUUGGUAGCUGUGUUGAUGUGUCUCUACAAGGACAGACAGCCAGCAAUCAAGCCUCGAUCCUCAACACUCAUCAGACAGGCACUACCUUUUACCACUCUGCCCACAGUAGUACUACUCCCGUCCAGACCCCCACUCCAACCCCGACGCCAACUCCGACGCCCACCCCCACCUCUGAGAUGACACUGGGGCACAGCUUGACAAGAGAGAGCCCCUGCUCCCGUAUGGCUCCCAUCACCCCUGUAGAUGGAGCGUUGGGUCGCCACACCCCUAUUAGUACACCACUGUCCAAUUGCAGCAGUAGCGUGCCCCCGAGUCCAGUGGAGUGUAGGAAUCCUUUUGCUUUCACUCCCAUUAACUCAAGCAUAACAGCUUAUCAUGAUGCCAGUAUUGUGUCCAGUAGUCCUGUGAAGCCCAUGCAAAGACCCAUGGCAACGCACCCUGACAAGGCCAAACUGGAGUGGAUCAAUAACCGCUAUAACAGCAACAACAGCGGGGGGCCUUUGAAUAACCAUAGCAUUGGCAUUCUACCCAGCUACCAAGACCUUGUAGAUGACCAGUUCCGUAAACCACAUGCCUUUGCUAUCCCUGGCCAGUCAUUUCAGGCACAGACAAGACAGGAUGCUGCUCACUUUGGCCGUUUGACCCCCAUUUCACCUGUGCAGCAGCAGCAGCAGCAACAACAACAACCAACACAACAACAGCAGCAACAGCAACAACAGCAGCAGCAGCAAGUGGCGGUGGCUGGUGUAACUACUCCAACCAAACAGGAGAGUUUUGCUGUCCCUGCACCUCUGGACAAUAAGGCAUCAACCUCCUCUGCAUCCAGUACUUUCCGUUGCCGCAGUGUUAGUCCUGCAGUACGUCAGAGAAACUUCAGUGGUAACACUGGCCCUCCAACCACCACCACAAACACCACAACCACCGCACGAGCUGUUGUCUCACCCUUUAACUCUCCCAUCACGUCUGAGGUGCUUAGCAUCCUGUCCAACAGCCAAACAGUCAGCUCUGUUCAUAGCAUGGUCCAGCGUAGCCAGUCUGUUCCACUAAACAUCAUGAUGCAGAGCGAGAUGCUGCCGGUGCAGGGUCAAAAUAACACAGCCAAAAUCACCAACGUUCUUCUCAGCAAGAUGGAAGCUGAUGGGGAUGAUUCUGUCCGUGGCUUAGGCAUAAAUAACCUUCCCUCUAACUACACGGCUCGGAUGAACCUGACACAGAUCUUGGAGACCACUCCUGCCUUUGCUGGAGGAGCUACCCACCAGACUCAGCUGCCCGUCAGCUCCAGCCCUGCUGCCUUCGAGCUCCAGCAGCACGGCUACCUCACCACUGGGAGUGGAGAACAGGUGAGUUUCUCCGCUGGGGAGAGCCAAGCACAAGCAGGCACUGGUGAGCAAGACCAGCAGCAGCAGCAGCCGCAGCCGCCACCGCCACCACCGCAGCUUCAGGAGAAUCCUGUGCAGACACAACCUCAACUCCUCCUUCAGAGCACACAGCAGCAGGAGGUGGAGGAUGAGCAACAACAGCUGGAUUUCAACAACACUGUCAAGGACCUGUUGGGGGAUGAUGGUCUCAACCCCAGCUCUCAGUUGGUGGGUCAGGUAGCUUCAGAGCUCAAUGCCGUGGCAUCUGACUUCUCAAAUGACAUCAGACUGACCUCAGAUCUGUCCAGUAGCAUCACUGACCUUAACACGUUGGAUACCAACCUGCUGUUUGACCCAAAUCAGCAGCAGGAACAAUAUGAAGACUCUACACUGGAAGAAUUGAAGAACGACCCGCUUUUUCAGCAGAUAUGCAGUGAUACUGUGAACUCUGGUUUUGACUGGCUAGAAAGCAAAGACCAGCCUACUACAGUAGAGAUGCUGGGCUGAUGUUAUCUUUAAUUCUGUAUGAUUUUUGUUUUAUGUUGUUUGUUUGGUGCAUAUGUAGUGUAUCUGUUUUUAAACUAUAGUUUGUUGGGAUUUGUCUGGACUUUGCCAUUCGUUCUGUUAAAAGUGCCAGGCUAACCAGAAAAUCUCUCCUACUGACAUUUAGUUACUUCUCUGCUUUUUCACCCAUAUUCUCCACUUUUAACCACUUUUUAUCCCUCAUCUGAAAUCAGAAAUGUAAGCACUUAAAGUAAAGUGUGAAUACUUGGUGGCAGCAGGCAUGUAUGGUAUGAACAUUUAAAACCCUUAUCUUCCAUGUUGUAACCAAUCAAUAAUGCAAUAUUUAUAUUUAAUGAACAUUUAAUGAAAGUUAGUUGGAUAGAAAAAUUGGCACAAAGACUUCACCAAAAACAUAUGCCGUUAUGUACAUUUUUCCUUGUGUGCAGUACAAGUUCAACCAAAUGGAGACAAUAUUGGGAUUGUAGUAUAUGCACAUAAUAGCUGUAGUACAUUUGCCUGCCAUAUCUGAAUAUUAAAAGGGUAGCAUCAUAUGCUGCCAGGUGCUGAAUUUAUGACAUAAUCUUUAUACUUUAUCAUAUACCAAAUCAGUUGAAUACUGAUUCACAUCUGAGCAUUGUCCAAGAGUGAAAUUUUCUUAAAGCCUAUACUUCUUGUACUGUUUAAUAUCUUCUAAAGGGAGUAGAUGAAUCAGUAGGCAGAAGAUGGGAAUUCAGGCCGCUUUGUGGACUAUACAUUAAAAGGAAUCAACAACUGGCUGCCUUAUUCCCAAAGUCCAAGGCCUUAUGCCAUCUUUAGAGAGUCUGUAUAUAGUAUAAUGUUAAGAUAUCUUCGGAACCAUCCAGAGCUUCAUCAUAUCAAGGCAGCUGUUACUCUGAUUUUUUUCAGUACUCUUUCUUAUUGUCUUUAUUUUGCAGUGUUACAGUAUAGUUGUGUAUUGUAUAGGCUAACGACUACACUGUGUGUGCCCUUAUAAGUAAUGGAUUUAAAGGAAUUUGAUAUGCUGUCAUUUCAUAGAAACCAUGGCAGGCACACUUUAAGUCAUGAGAUUUUUUUUGGCAUGCUAUACUCCCAGCUUGGAUAAAACUAUCAAUGGUAUGGAGAAGGCUAUAGGGUGACGUAUAUGUUUUGAUGUCAUCUUGAGAUCAAGAGGAAAUGGAGUUCUGAUGUGUUGCAGAGAUCCAGCCUUAUUUCCAUACCAAAGAUGAUUUGUUUGAAUAACAUGAGAUUAUUACACCUAGUGACACUCCUAGUAAACAUUAACAACAACGGGAAAUGGGCUGCCUACGAGAUAUAAAAGAGUUUUAUUGCAUUUGAGGUAAAGGAUUAAAUUGCGUAAAUCUUAUGUACAGUAUGUAAAUUUGUGAAAUGGUCACUGUCCUAUGAUUUAUAGGUAACCAUGGACCUGAAAGCAUGUUGAAACCAUCACUGCUAGCCAGGUAGGCUAUGUGAUACAGUAGGAUGCUUGCUUGAGUUUUGGCUAUUGUCAAUGUUGUAUAAGUCAUGUUUAAGCUCCAUCUGUAAAUAGGAUAGAUACAUAGAGAUUUGAUGUAUCAAGACACUAUAUUAUGGCCAUUAUUCUAGCUAAGUAUGUGCCAUUUAAAAGAAAAAAAAAGCUUAACAGAUCUAUAGUCGCAAGAUACUGUAUGUUGUGUGUUACAUUUUGGCUCAAUGUGUCGUAAAAGUAAUGCUGUCUGGUCUCGCUUGCUGAUUUUAUUUUGUUUCUUUUUUUCUAUACAAAGAUAAUAGGUCUCUGCAGUUGCAGAAGUGAUGUGUGCUUUGAGCAGGAUCAAUAGCAUGGUAUAUUGAGAAAAAAGUUGUGAUACUGUUAGCUGGUUGCAAACAUCUCUGUGACAGACAUUGUGCUCAAAGCCUUUCAGCAGACACUGGAAAAAUCAAUUAACUCAUGUUUCAACAAACUUUGGAGGUUCACAUUAUUGCACUAAAUUUUUAUGACACAUGGCUUUGACACAUCUUUAUGGACAAAUGUAACGAUGGAUGCCCGCAAAAAAAAAAGAAAAAAAAAAGUUUUUUAUGACAAGGUGAGUAAGGAAAUUAACUGAAUUGUCAGAAAAUGACUAAUUGUCUUGUAGCAAAAUGUGCAUUAAUCUCAGUGAGAUACACAUUUCUUACUCAUUCUCAUACAUGAGAAUAUAAAGCAUUGAGGGAAAAAAGUUAAAUAACCUUUUAAAACCUACAUGCUCAUUCUGUUGAUAAAUGAUUGUACGCACGCAUGUGUGAUGACUUCUGUUGUACUUUGUAUUCUUGGUAACCACUGUCUUCUGUGAUUUGGGCAGGUUCUGUUAACCAGACUGGCAGUGCUAGUUUCAUGAGUUACAUUUCUUUUAUUGUGUGCUGUUUACUAAGUUAAUGUUCUUAAUGUUACGUUAAUGACUGUUCCGUUGACUGUUGUCGAUUUUUACAUUUUCUUAUUUUGCAAAAUGCAUUUGUGAAGAAAUUUAACAUUUUCUCUUAACUUUUUCUUUAACAACAAGGCACUGAUAUUAGAAUUUGAAUGAAGGAAAUGCACCUCGUAUGAGUACAGGAGCUCCAUCAAGCAGUGACUCUGAUUCUUUACCUUUGACUGACCCAGAACCAACUCUGUUUGACUAUCUUGUCCAUUUCUACAACUAGAAAAAAAACCCUCCUCUGUGAUGUUGUCUGGUGUACUGCUUAAUGUACAGUAGCUUGUUAAUAUUGCAAACGCGUUGUUUCUUUUUUCAAUGGAAAGUACUCACUGGUGAGAUUUUUAAAGUGGUUUUAAAAGCCAAUAAACUUUUUUAAAGAA